CGCUUCGGAGCCCCGCGCCAGGGGCGGGGCGGGUCGGGUCGGGAAGCAGUGCCCGGAGGUGAAGGGCUGAACGCCGAGCCUGUGUCCCGGUCCCCUGGGCUCCCCGGACAGGAUGGGGACUGCAACAGUGGAGGAUGAUGUCCUUUUCAGUAGGCCAAAAAUACAAGUGUUUUAUUGCAAGCAGAGCCUAGACUUCAAAAUGUGAGCAUUACAGUGAAGAGAAGAUACUGCCAUCAAGAUUAUAACACUGUCAUAGAAUUCCUCUAAAGACUAGGAAAUUUUGCUGGUGUUGUGUGUUCUGGAAAUACAUUUUACUACAGAUAACACCAAGGCUUUGCAAACAGAAUGAACAUGCUGCUGUUGACUGCUUACCCACAGUAACCAGCUGGGCAGUUCACUCAUGAUGUUUUCAUUCUCACCUUGUCCAAUUGGAAUUUCCUUAUACUGAUUUUUAAAAAGAGGAAUAAAUCAAAGUGGAGUACCGUAAACUCGACAUGGAAAAUAAAAAGAAAGACAAAGACAAACCAGAUGAAAGAAUGGCACGGCCUAGUGGGAGAUCAGGCCAUAAUCCACGUGGAACUGGUUCUUCAAAUUCUGGAGUGUUAAUGGUUGGCCCUAACUUCAGAGUUGGUAAAAAAAUUGGAUGCGGUAAUUUUGGAGAACUACGGUUAGGAAAAAAUUUGUACACAAAUGACUAUGUGGCAAUUAAGCUGGAGCCAAUGAAGUCGAGAGCACCACAGCUACAUUUGGAAUACAGAUUCUACAAGCAGCUAGGAUCUGGAGAUGGAAUACCUCAGGUUUAUUAUUUUGGCCCAUGUGGCAAAUAUAAUGCCAUGGUGCUAGAACUACUUGGACCUAGUCUGGAAGAUUUAUUUGACUUGUGUGGUAGGACAUUUUCUCUUAAAACCGUUCUUAUGAUAGCCAUACAGUUGAUUUCUCGUAUGGAAUAUGUCCAUUCAAAGAACUUGAUAUACAGAGAUGUAAAACCUGAGAACUUCUUAAUAGGACGACCUGGAAACAAAACCCAGCAAAUUAUUCACAUUAUAGACUUUGGUUUAGCAAAGGAGUACGUAGAUCCAGAAACAAAGAAGCACAUACCAUAUCGAGAACACAAGAGCCUUACAGGAACAGCUAGAUACAUGAGUAUAAAUACGCAUUUAGGAAAAGAGCAAAGUAGAAGAGAUGAUUUGGAAGCAUUGGGUCAUAUGUUUAUGUAUUUUCUCAGAGGAAGUCUUCCCUGGCAAGGUUUAAAGGCAGAUACGUUAAAGGAACGUUACCAGAAAAUUGGAGACACUAAACGAGCAACUCCUAUAGAAGUAUUGUGUGAAAACUUCCCAGAGGAAAUGGCUACUUACCUACGUUAUGUAAGAAGGUUAGAUUUUUUUGAAAAGCCAGACUACGACUACUUAAGAAAGCUCUUCACUGACUUACUUGAUCGGAAAGGUUAUAUGUUUGAUUAUGAAUACGACUGGAUUGGCAAACAGUUGCCUACUCCAGUGGGUUCAAUACAUUCAGACCCUGCAAUGUCUUCAAACAGAGAUGCAUAUCAGCACAGAGACAGAAUGCAACAAUCCAAAAAUCAGUCAACAGACCAUAGGGCAGCUUGGGACUCACAGCAAACCAAUCCACAUCAUUUGAGGGCUCACCUGGCAUCUGACAGACAUGGCGGCUCUGUACAGGUAGUAAGCUCAACAAAUGGAGAGCUGAACACAGAUGACCCAACUGCAGGCCGUUCAAAUGCACCCAUCACAGCUCCUGCAGAAGUAGAAGUAAUGGAUGAAACAAACUGCCAGAAAGUGUUGAACAUGUGGUGCUGCUGCUUAUUCAAGCGGAGGAAAAGGAAAACCAUCCAGCGCAACAAAUGACUAGAACCAAACAGAACAUGGGAAAAUGCUUAUUUGUUCAACUGUUGUCUUGUGAUCUUAAAAAAACAACAACAAAACCCAAAGCAAAAACCUCCAUAAUAAACACAUUUUCCAAGGACUCUCUGAGAAACAAUAUCAUGCCUCUGUGCUUUGAUUUGGUUCUUCUGCAUCCAUCUUCUGUUUCUUUAAUUCAUCUUUUCUGAAAGCUUUAAGAUAUUGUCAAAUAGGAGUGCUUCUUUGACCAUCAACAUACGGACCAAUGAAAUGAUAGAAAAUGAACAGUAUCUUGAGCAAAACUGAACUUGAGAAGUAUUUCUUCUUUCCUAGGAAGUAGUAGCAGUGUCUUAGAUGAAGACGGAUGUCAUAAAUCAGUUAUUUGAGUUUGUAGCAGUGUAUCUAAAGCGGUUUUCUUCAAAAAUGAAGAAGAAAAAUACAGAUACACAACAAUAAUGCAAAAUAAUAAAAUCUUAAGAUUUAUUUUAUGACAUUUGCAUUGUUUUUCUUCUUUUGCCUCAGUAUUACUGGUUAGUCAAAUUGUUACUCCAGUCAAAUUGCCAUUGUCUAGAGAUACUGGGGAUGCUGGUUGACAGUUGUCAAAAUGCUGGUGCUACUAACAGAAAGUAUUUCCAAUACCCUUUUGGUUUGAAAACCUGCUUUUCUUUUGCCAACAAUGAAUAUUGCAGUACAGUAGAAAUUAUAAGGGUGUUUGUGCAAGAGUACAAAUGUUUGUAUAAUUUAAGUUGUACAUCUGGUAAUGUUAACAAGAUCAAAUUACCUUCAAAAGAGCUCUACAGAGCAAAUACUGAAUCUGCUUAAAGCAGAAUAAGUAUGAAAACCUGUAUGUUCACUAAGAGAGUUGAUGAUUGACAGCAUCUUUAACUUGAAAAUAUAGACAUGCCAUGUAAAGUUAGGGGUGUACUAUUUGUUCUUUAAUUUAGAAAAUAAAUGCAAUAGAAGUGAGUUAGACUUCUGCCUUCACUGCAUACUAGCCCAGAGCAUCCCAAAUCUCGUACUUUUUGUUUCCUGGAAUUUUCUUGUCUUGCAGUGUAAGGUCACUAGUAUCAUAGAAUGGCAAGGAUGUGUCAGAUGCUUCUCUACAGUUGGAUGAAGUAUGAACUUGCUUGCAGUAUGAACAAACCAACAGUUCUGUAGGCAAGGCAGCCCAUUUUGUAUUUUCUUCUUCAGAAAAUACAUGCUUCUUUUAAAGUCAUAGUGACAGAGUUCUGGUUUUUGUCAUGUUUAACUGCCAGUUUUGAAGAAGAGCUGUGGAAGAUGGAAGUGACUAGAUAGAAUUAUUGACCAAACACAAAUUAUCUCUGUUUCUUUAGAAUUCUUCUAGAGCUAAGUAGCGUUUUUUUUUCUUUUUUCAUUUGUCCACAAAUGUCUUUUGGCAUACAUAUUUAUUUUUCUUCUGUUUUGUGGUAGCAUUUAAAAUGUAUAUAAAAGCAAAGGUACACCUUUGAAUUAAUCAUUGCAUUUACAAGGAUUUAAAUUUUAUUUUGUAAUUUAUUUUUCAUUAAGAGCCAAAAUUGUAUUUUAUUGUUUGGAUUAUGUGCUCAUAUGUAUGCUUCAAUCUUUGUCAUUAUUACUGUUCAUGCAGUUAAGUUUUGUUUUAGAAAACCUGAACUUGGCCUACAAAUACACACUGCGUAACAGGUCAUAAGUUUCCACUCCACCAGGGUGUGUUACUGAUUAUUUCAGACUCAUAAAGUUUUUUCUUUGUUUUUGUUUGAGCUGAGAAGUAUGUCACUUGACCAUUCUCUUAUGAAAACACAUCCUCCUUUGUAGUACUUGACCAAAUCUGUUGCUUGUACAUGCGGUAUGCGUAUUUCUCGCACACCUGGUGAGUUUUAUUCUUGGAGGUUUUUCAUCUCUACGGUGUUUGUAUGAUCUGAACUCCAUAACAAGAAAGUGUGAAUAUUAUGGACUUACAAUGGUUGAAUAUAUAAAAGCUGUUUAUUUGCUGAAAUGAUUAGCAAGACACUAGCUUUUCAGCAAUUUAAGUGCUUGAUUUUAAUGCGGAAGAAGGUUUUCUUCUAGUAAAGCAGUUGGCACUAAUGUAGGUAUGCCAAUAUGAUUUGCAUUUAUAUAAUUUUUCUUCCUGUCUACAGUAAUGAAGUAAACAAUGGCUGGAUGUCUAAAACUGAAAUACAUCCCUGUUUAAAUGUAAGAAAAAAUAAAGAUAGUUUUUUAAAAUUU